GGAGAGCAUGCGGGUUAUGGCGGAGCUGGAGCCUCAUUAACACAACUUAACAGCACUUUAUUAAGAGACAAAAAAUGUUAGAGACAUGUGCCGCUGUUUUCCUCUGACUGCGGGCGAGUGUCGCUAAUGUGUGCUUGUCGAGAAAGUAGCCCACCCCCUGUGAGAAAACUGUACCGCUUCUACAGUGAGUAACGAGUUAGUCCUUAACUGACGUGAAGAUGGAUCUGAGGCGAGCGGUCGCCUCGCGUUGUUUCUUGUGGGGAGUGUUAACGUGACGGAGCAGCUCGCUGCUGUGACAGCCGUGUGGGCUAAGUGUCAGUGAGGAGACACACUUUAGCUACUUUUUCCUCGUCCGUGUCGCUCUGUUCUCGACUUUAGUUCGUCGACUAGCUGCUCCCAGGCGUUUAAUCAGGUCAGUAACGUAAAUGGAGGGAGUGGGAGAGUGAGCGCUCAGUUCUCUGCUAUCUCUCUCUCUCUCUCUCUCUCUCUCUCCUGUGAAGCUGACAUAAAUGGGCAUCCUCUGAAGGAGCGGAUUCAUGAUGUCCAGACACUUCGCGCUGUGACUUUACUGUUUUUCCCUGUCGGUGAACCUCUGUGAACCUACUCGGUUUCUCUUGUAAAUCAUCAAAAGCCGCUGACAGAGUGUCGCCGUGUGUGUUCCUGCCGGGCUGGACUCGGUUAGCGCGCGCCGCUCCGCUCCGCUCCGUCUAGCGCUGGUCAGUAGCAGAGGCUGCAGCGCAGAGAAGCAACAGCUUUACGUCAGCUCUCUGUCUCUUGUCUCUCUGUCUCUCUGUCUCUAGUGUUUUUUCUUCUUCACGUUCGCGGACAAAGGGAGGGAAAGAGAGAAUUGCGUUAAUCCGGGGUGACGAUGGCCCCCCUCCCUCUCUCCCCCUCUCCUCCUCCUUCUUCCCCUCACCCGAUUUCUACCCCUGAGAUGGUGUUACUUCUUCACAACUCCGGCCGGGAGGCAGCUCGCGCGCAUCGCCCGCUCCUUAUUGCCCACUCCCAGCCUAUUUCCUCUCGCUCUUGGGUCAGCACGUGAAACGGAGAACAGGAUGAUCCUGUAGUGUUGUCAUCUAAAAAUAAAGGCAGAAAAACGGUAAAAGAGCUCGGAACUGAAGGCAAACAUACUUUGACAAAAGACACGUCAGGACUGAAGAAGUUCUGUAGUAUAUGCGUGCACUUUCUGCGGCCAACGCACGUGUCUCACCGCCGCUGUUGGUGGUGAUGCCAUGCCCCGUGGGCACGGCGCAGACGACGGCGCCUCCGGCCUCUGGAUGAAAGCGUCCCCGGGGCGCCGAGGGGAGAACGUGCGCCUGAAGGAUGUGGAAGCCGCGCGCGGGGCGAUGAACAGGGCGGCCCGGCCGGCGGACGGCGCGGAGGAGCUGAGGAGCAGAGCGCAGGGCGCGCGCCUCAGCCUGCUGGGCAAACCGCUGGCCUACAGCGCGCAGAGUGGUCGCCGGAACGCGCGCUACAGGAAGCUGCAAAACUACCUGUACAACGUGCUGGAGAGGCCUCGAGGCUGGGCCUUCGUGUACCACGCGUUCGUCUUCAUCCUGGUGUUUGGCUGUCUGGUCCUGUCUGUGUUCUCCACCAUCCCAGGUUAUGUGGAACUGUCCAACCACUGCCUGCUCAUACUGGAGUUUGUGAUGAUCGUUGUGUUUGGUCUGGAGUACAUCAUUCGCAUCUGGUCUGCUGGAUGCUGCUGUCGCUACAGAGGAUGGCAAGGCCGACUACGCUUUGCCAGGAAGCCCUUCUGUGUAAUAGAUAUCAUUGUGCUCAUUGCGUCCAUUGCUGUGGUGUCAGCCGGAAGCCAGGGCAACAUUUUUGCCACGUCUGCUCUGCGAAGUCUCCGCUUCUUGCAGAUCCUGCGGAUGGUACGCAUGGACAGAAGAGGGGGCACCUGGAAACUGCUUGGAUCUGUAGUCUAUGCUCACAGCAAGGAGCUGGUGACUGCCUGGUACAUUGGAUUUCUGGUACUGAUAUUUUCCUCCUUCCUGGUUUACUUGGUGGAGAAAGAGUUUAACAAGCAGUUUGCUACCUAUGCUGAUGCCCUUUGGUGGGGAACGAUCACUCUCACUACCAUUGGCUAUGGGGACAAGACACCACAGACGUGGCCAGGCCGACUGCUGUCAGCUGGCUUUGCUUUGCUGGGCAUCUCCUUCUUCGCAUUGCCUGCGGGGAUUCUAGGCUCAGGCUUUGCUCUGAAGGUGCAAGAACAGCACAGACAAAAGCACUUUGAAAAGAGAAGAAACCCUGCUGCCAGUCUUAUACAGUGUGUUUGGCGUAGUUAUGCGGCUGAUGAGAACUCGGUUUCCAUUGCUACCUGGAAGCCUCAUUUGAAGGCGUUGCAUACCUGCAGCCCUACAAAGAAAGACCAGGGCGAAUCCACCACCAGUCAGAAGCUCAGUUUUAAGGAGCGGGUACGCAUGGCCAGUCCUCGUGGUCAGAGCAUUAAGAGUAGGCAGACAUCGCUGAAUGACCGCCGCUCUCCCAGCACAGACGUAGCAGCGGAGGGGAGCAGCCCGGCCAAGGUGCAGAAAAGCUGGAGCUUUAAUGACCGAACACGCUUCCGCCCCUCCCUCAGACUCAAAAGCCAGUCACGGACUGUGCCUGAAGCUGACAGUCUGGGAGGAGACGACUAUUUCGAUGAGAAGGGCUGUCACUGCGAUGUCUCUGUGGAAGAUUUGUCUGCUCCUCUGAAGACAGUCAUCCGAGCUGUCAGGAUAAUGAAGUUCCAUGUGGCCAAGAAGAAGUUUAAGGAGACUCUCCGGCCAUAUGAUGUGAAAGAUGUGAUUGAGCAGUAUUCGGCUGGACACUUGGACAUGCUGUGUCGCAUCAAGAGCCUCCAGACCAGGUUGGACACAAUAGUGGGUCCUCCACAGACCCUGAGCAGCAAAGCCAAGACUUAUUCCUCUCCCUCCCUGCACUUGUAUUACAGCCAAGCUAAGAGGAAACACUCAGCCCCAGGACUUGCAGCAGGCUUGGGUACACAGCAGUCCCUAAACACCAAAGCCAGGAACCUGUCCUCUUCUUCACUGCACUUGUAUUACAGCCAAAACAGGAAGAAACACACCAGCUCAGGGGUGGAUCAGAUCUUGGGGAAAGGCCAGAUACCCAUGGAUAGGAAGAUGAGGGACAGGAUCCUUCCAGAAGGGGAGUCUUUGGAGCAUGACUUGAGCAUGUUGGGGCGAGUGUGUAAGGUAGAAAGACAGGUGCAGUCCAUUGAGUCAAAGCUGGACUCAUUGUUGGACAUCUACCGUCAAGUUCUUCAGAAAGGCUCGUCCUCAGUGAUGGGCCUCUCAGCCCUUCCUCUGUUUGAGCUGGAGCAGACAUCUGACUACCACAGCUCCAUCCACAGUAAGGAUCUGUCCUCCUCCACACAACUCACAGGCAAUGGGGUUUCUCGGUCUGCCAGUGCUAACCUGCCCUGUGGCCUGCAACUUGUUCUUGCCCCCAGUGAACUCAACUUGGGCACUGGCUACCCAACUUCUGCCUCUUCUUUCUCUCCCUCCCCACUGCUUCAUAAUCAAUCCUCUAGCCCAGAAAGUGUUUACCCAGCCUCACCUCCCCCUAUACUCACCCCUAACAACCUUUCCAGAGGUCAUCCCAACUUCUCUGAGCUGACCAGACCUCUCCCUACCAAUAACCCCAACACAAAUACUCUGCAGCUGCCCACCAUGUCUCCAGGCACGCCUUCCAGUUUGAUCUCAGAGACAUUGCAGGAGAGCAGGGCAGAGAGCCCUAACGGCUGCCUGCUUAGCACCCAGACUGAGGCUGUUUCAGAGGUAAAAUGUUCUCAAAGCAGGGUGCUGCUAAGGAGCAGACCAGAGCGGAGCCCCAAAGAGGAGGGCUCCUGGAGGAGACACUUGAGUCUUGAAAUUAAUCCACUAGGCCUCAUGUCUUCAGGAGCAAACAACCCACUGCAUUCAGACCGGGGACUGGGGAAGUCUUUCUCUGCUCAAAACCUCAUGCUGCCCUCUGUUGGGGACUGCCACCCUAAUCUGUCCGCUCGGAGCAGCGGCAGCAGCAACAAUGAGUCCAAUGACCGUGAGACCCUGCCAGACUGGGGCGACACAGAACUCUUCAUCAGUGACAAAGAGCUGGCGACCAACGAGGGGAACUUCAACUUCCUUCCACAGCAAAGCACGGACGCCUGCUACUCCUCUGAGCUCGUACAAACAGGAACCCCUGGAUCAGCUCACAGCCAGGCUGGACCCACAGGGAACUCAGAAUCCCUGAGCCUGCCUCAUGUGCGUCUAAAGUAACCCCAGCACACAGCGGCAUCUCUGUGGAGACUAGCUUCUGGUUCCAUAUGCGCUUUAGUUUUUCCAGAGGAAAGGGGAUGCCAGCUUCACUCCACACCUUUUUCUAAUUUCCAUUGUCAGUUGGUGAAAAGACAAUGUGUUCCACAUAACUUUAUGUUCAUGCAUAUAUACAUAUAAUUUGCAUGGACAUGUGUCAGAAAGGGGAAUUUAGUAAAGAAAAAGGUAAUAAGCAUUCAAAGACCAAAUGAAGGAUUAUGGUACUGACUGAGCUUUUCUCUCAGUCUUGCAUGGGCAUUGCAUGUUUAAAACGCAACAGCACACUGGAUUGGAUGCAUUUAUGGUUGUUAACCC